GUCCAGUGCCCGCGUAGCGUUGCCCGGCUUGCCCAACAAUGAUGGGGUUCUGGGAGUGUAGAAUCUCAGGCGAAAAUGUAUUCAAGAUACCAGAGACAAUGGCCGCUCCAACCAAUACAAUGAGGAUGAUAUAAAUAGGCCUUAUAGAUGCCCUUCAGAAGUAUACAUAACAUUAAGCUUAUCAUCAUCAGUUCACCUAAAGAUAUACAUCUACCUCUACCCUUUAUUAUUCUGCCUGUGGCAGCUCUGGCUGUGCCUCAGCAACUUCAGGACCUUCCUGCGGAAGCUGUGCCACACCCAAGGCGACCCCCGGUUAAGCCGACCGGUCAUUUUACUCACACCUGUAGAGAUGUGAAGUUCGACGGGGAGAAAGAUACGAUGCAUAAACUGAUUGCAACGUGCGCGGUCGGCGACGGGACCGAAGUCACUUCCAAAUUAGAUUUAAGCCAAUGUUACUCUACUCUGUCACGGCGGGUGAAUGAGUGCAUGUCCCCUGGGAAUGGGUCCACUUUAAGAAUCCUGGUGAUGUGUCUUGUUCAAAGCGUAAGCCUUUGGCACCUACAACUACUUCUCCAUCGCUUCAGUGCGAAUGUCAACCAAUGCCGUCUAAUACAUAUGGUCAGAUUACCUUUACACUCAAUGAUCAACUGUGGAAUGAUCACGGUUACCUCUGAUGUUUCGAUCACAAGGGCCAGCGUAUUUAGAGCAUCCUUCUAGGGUCUAUACGUGAGCUCAGCAUAGCUGAAUACUUCGAGACUGUCUCUUUUAUGCCUACAUGAAGCGCGGGACAAACAGCCACCUCACUUGGUAACACUCUAAUCAGUGGAGAUAUAGUAUGCGAUUGUGGAACUGGAGAGUUAUAUUAAAGGCAUCAAGUAUUCGAGCGGUGGGCCGUUAGUUGCUUUUAUCAUGAACUGCUAUGUUCUGAGCUAUAUUUUUCCCUGUGUGUAUGAAGAUUCAUGAUAUGUUUUGUCCGUACAAAGCCCUCUAGUAUAGCCUGAGAUAACGUAAGACACUAAGGAUAGUAGUAAGUAGUAAAAGCUAGAUAAGAGUAUCACUACCAGUAAAGUCAUAUCUAUCAUACUUUUAUAAACCUACAGCAAAAAAACUGUCUGCC